AUGAUUGCCUAUGAUCUAAAAACUAUCCUUUCUUUAGCCGAGAGUGUAGCCAGCAGAAAAGACCCAGCAAUCCUGGAUAGCCUGGAUCUGACAGAGGAAGAGAGGCGUGUAUUGAUUGACAAUAUUAACAGACGUCUGACACCACAAGCAGUCAAAAUCCGAGCUGAUAUUGAAGUUGCCUGUUAUGGUUAUGAAGGCAUAGAUGCAGUAAAGGAGGCUUUGAGAGCAGGCUUGAAUUGUUCCACAGAGACCAUGCCCAUUAAAAUUAAUCUGAUAGCCCCUCCUCGAUAUGUGAUGACUACUACAACCCUGGAGAGAACUGAAGGACUCUCUGUUCUGAAUCAAGCCAUGGCUGUCAUUAAAGAAAAAAUUGAGGAGAAGAGAGGAGUCUUUAAUGUGCAGAUGGAGCCUAAGGUGGUUACUGAUACAGAUGAAACUGAGCUUGCAAGACAGUUGGAAAGACUGGAGAGGGAAAAUGCUGAAGUGGAUGGUGAUGACGAUGCUGAGGAAAUGGAAGCCAAAACUGAAGACUAAAUAUUCUGGGAUUAUUUAGAAGACAGAGCAUAUGAAAAAUUAGAGACCCCGUUGCAAACUCUGGACUAAAUGUUUCCAGUAUUGAAAACUUCAAAUGCAGAUACUUGAAGUGUGUUACUGUUUUAAAAAGACCAAUACAUGGAAGCCUCUCCUAAGUAACAUUUGAUGCAGCAACUUACACAAAUAGAAUCCUUCAAAAGGAAGGUGCCUAGUCAUAUUCAAGACUCACAUCUCAUGAAUAGAGGGAGGCUUCAGCCCCAUGCUUACCAUUUUCAUACCUAACAAUUCCAAAUUGGCGAUUACAGCUCAGUGCAUCUGAUAGUGAUGUUUUCUGGGAGUACCAAAACCAAACAGGUUGAACAGUUCUAUACAGAAUGUAUUUGACCAAAUAUUCAAUAAAUUUCUGAGCUACAUAACUCCAA